GACUUUUUUACUGCAGCCCUAUGCGUCAAUACCCCCUCUGUCAACAGCGCACCGGCGGAGAGGGGUCUGGAGGAACAACGGCACAGGAACAGUUCUUGUUCCUGUGACAGGACCCAGGCAUGGAUGUGCGGGGAGAGGUGGACGGGAUGUCCACAGCCAAACACGAACAAAAUGGGGACUUAAGUGAAAGCAAGAAGAGUGACAAAAAUAAUAAAAAAGACAAGAAGAAAAAAGAUGUGCCCAAAGAGCCCAUGGUCGGCCCCCUUGCUGUGUUUAGGUUUGCAGACAGCAUGGACAUUCUGAUGCUCCUUAUUGGGACAGUGAUGGCCAUGGCCCAUGGGGUGGUGCUUCCUCUCAUGUGUAUCGUGUUUGGGGACAUGACAGACAGUUUUAUAAAGGACACCUCGAUACCCUCCUUCAACUUCAGCAACCCCAAUUUCACCUUCAUACCAAUGAACAGCACCCUAGAGGAGGACAUGACUGAUUAUGCCAUUAAAUAUUCUAUCAUGGGGGCCGUUGUGCUGGUGGCAGCCUACCUGGAGGUGUCCUUCUGGACCCUGGCAGCCGGGCGGCAGGUCAAGCGUAUCCGCAAGCUGUUUUUCCAUCGCAUCAUGCAGCAGAACAUUGGCUGGUUUGAUGUUAACGAGACAGGAGAGCUCAAUACACGUCUCACAGAUGAUGUCUAUAAAAUCCAAGAGGGUAUUGGUGACAAGACAGGGAUGCUGAUCCAGGCCUUGUCCUGCUUUGUCUCAUCUUUCAUCAUUGGUUUCACCAAAGGCUGGAAGCUCACUCUGGUCAUCCUGGCUGUGAGCCCCGCGCUGGGUGUUUCAGCUGCACUCUUCAGCAAAGUGCUGACGAGCUUCACUAGUAAAGAGCAGAGUGCGUACGCCAAAGCCGGAGCUGUGGCAGAAGAGGUGCUUUCUGCCAUCAGGACAGUGUUUGCCUUUAGUGGACAGAACAGAGAGAUCAGGAGAUAUCAAAAGAACUUAGAGGAUGCUAAGAACAUGGGAAUAAAGAAGGCAAUCUCUGCUAACAUCGCCAUGGGUUUCACCUUCCUGAUGAUCUACCUGUCCUACGCUGUGGCCUUUUGGUAUGGCAGCACACUCAUCCUGAGUGGGGAGUACACCAUUGGAUCUGUACUCACGGUGUUCUUCGUUGUGCUAAUUGGAGCGUUUACACUGGGACAGACCUCUCCUAACAUUCAGACAUUUGCAAGCGCCCGUGGAGCUGCACAUAAAGUGUACAGCAUCAUUGAUCAUACACCGAGCAUCGACAGCUAUUCGGAUGCCGGCUUCAAGCCUGACUUCAUCAAAGGAAACAUAGAGUUCAAGAACAUCCAUUUUAGCUACCCAUCGAGACCGGACGUCAAAAUAUUAAAUAACCUGUGCCUGAAUGUGAAGAGUGGACAGACCAUUGCCUUGGUGGGAAGCAGCGGCUGUGGUAAAAGCACCACAAUCCAGCUGCUGCAGAGGUUCUACGAUCCUCAGGAAGGAUCUGUAUCUAUUGAUGGUCACGACAUCCGUUCACUUAACAUCCGCUACCUGAGAGAGAUGAUUGGAGUAGUGAGUCAGGAGCCCAUCCUCUUUGCCACCACCAUCGCUGAGAACAUCAGAUAUGGGCGACCGGAUGUGACGCAGGAGGAGAUUGAACAAGCUGCCAAGGAGGCUAAUGCUUAUGACUUCAUUAUGAACCUUCCUGAUAAGUUCGAGACUCUGGUCGGAGACCGAGGUACUCAGAUGAGCGGAGGACAGAAGCAGAGGAUUGCAAUCGCUCGAGCUCUAGUACGCAAUCCUAAAAUCCUCCUGCUGGAUGAAGCCACAUCCGCUCUUGAUGCUGAAAGCGAGACCAUUGUGCAAACUGCGCUCGACAAGGUCCGGCUGGGUCGUACUACUAUAGUUGUGGCUCACCGCCUCUCAACCAUCCGAAAUGCUGAUGUCAUUGCUGGUUUCCAGAAUGGUGAAGUUGUAGAGCUGGGGACUCACAGCCAGCUGAUGGAGAAACAGGGUGUUUAUAAUACUCUGGUCACCAUGCAGACCUUUCAGAAAGUCGACGAGGGGGAGGAGGCGGAGUAUGAGCUGUCUACAGAUGAGAAGAGCCCAGUAAAGUCCUUGUCCGAGUCCUCUCUGUACAGUAGGAAAUCCAAAAAAGGCUCAUCGUUCACUCCCUCAGACAGAGAGAAAGAGGACAAAAAACAGUUAAAAUAUGACAAGGACAAGGGAGAAGAGGAUGAAAAUGUUCCCGUCGUGUCGUUCUUUAAAGUCAUGCGUCUCAACCUUCCUGAGUGGCCGUACAUUGUGGUGGGGACCAUCUGUGCCAUCAUCAACGGAAUAAUGCAGCCAGUGUUUGCUAUCAUCUUCUCCAAGAUCAUCACUGUGUUUACAGUGCAAGAUCAAGAGGUUGUCAGACAGAGAGCCACAGUGUUUUCCCUCAUGUUUGCUGCUAUUGGAGGUGUAUCCUUCAUCACCAUGUUUCUGCAGGGUUUCUGUUUUGGUAAAUCUGGAGAGCUUCUGACACUGAAACUGAGACUCUUGGCCUUUAAGUCCAUGAUGAGACAGGACCUUGGGUGGUUUGACGAACCCAAAAACAGUGUUGGAGCACUCACUACGAGACUGGCCACAGAUGCUGCCCAAGUACAAGGGGCUACAGGAGUACGUAUGGCCACACUGGCCCAGAACUUUGCCAACAUGGGCACCUCUGUGAUCAUCUCUUUUGUAUAUGGCUGGGAGCUGACCUUGCUCAUCCUGGCUGUGGUGCCCAUCAUGGCAGUGGCUGGAGCUGUGUCAAUAAAGCUGCUCACUGGACAUGCUGCUGAAGACAAGAAGGAGCUGGAGAAAGCUGGAAAGAUUGCUACCGAGGCCAUUGAGAAUAUCCGUACUGUCGCCUCUCUCAACAGAGAACCGAAAUUUGAGGCUUUGUAUCAGGAAAACCUUGAAGUGCCAUACAAGAACGCCAAGAAAAAGGCCCAUGUGUAUGGUAUUACCUUCUCCUUCUCCCAGGCUAUGAUCUACUUCGCUUAUGCAGGCUGUUUCCGGUUUGGGGCUUGGCUUAUUAAAGAAGGAAGGAUGGACGUUGAGGGGGUAUUCCUUGUUAUUUCGGCUGUUCUCUACGGUGCCAUGGCCGUGGGAGAGGCCAACUCCUUUGCUCCAAACUACGCUAAGGCCAAACUAUCAGCUUCCCACCUUAUGAUGCUGAUAAACAGAGAGCCCACCAUUGAUAACCUUUCACAGGAGGGAGAGUCACCGAACAAAUUUGAUGGUAACGUGUGCUUUGAGGAUGUCAAGUUUAACUACCCUUCGCGCCCUGAUGUGGCCAUCCUCCAAGGGCUGAACUUGAAGGUGAAGAAAGGAGAGACGCUGGCCUUGGUAGGGAGCAGUGGCUGUGGAAAGAGCACCACCAUCCAGCUGCUGGAGAGGUUCUAUGACCCCGCAGAAGGGAGAGUGGUUCUGGAUGAUAUAAAUGCAAAAUACCUGAAUAUCCACUGGUUGAGGUCUCAGAUAGGCAUCGUAUCCCAGGAGCCCGUGCUGUUUGACUGCACUUUAGCGGAGAACAUUGCCUAUGGAGACAACAGCCGCACUGUAACCAUGGAGGAGAUCAAAGCAGCUGCUAAAGCAGCCAACAUUCACAACUUCAUAGAAACCCUGCCACAGAAGUACGACACUCAGGCAGGUGAUAAGGGCACACAGCUGUCAGGUGGUCAGAAGCAGCGUGUAGCCAUAGCCCGAGCCAUCCUCCGCAACCCGAAGCUAUUGCUGUUGGAUGAGGCCACCUCUGCACUGGACACCGAGAGCGAGAAGGUGGUGCAGGAGGCACUGGACCAGGCCAGGAAGGGCAGGACAUGCAUCAUUGUGGCCCACCGCCUGUCCACCAUCCAAAACGCCGACCGAAUUGUCGUCUUUCAGGGAGGAGUGGUCAUCGAACAGGGGACACAUCAACAGCUGCUGGCCAAGAAGGGAGUCUACCACAUGCUGGUCACCACACAGUUGUCCCAUGGGAGUAAAUAAGGGGGCAGGGACACAAUACUACACUGACUAUACUUAAUCUUUACAUUUCUAGAGGGCUAGAUUAGACACUUGUGCCUUUUAUCAUCAACUCCCUGCUUCACAAUUUAUACUAAGCCUGAGCAGCUUCAGUGGAGCAAUUGGGGACUUAAUGUACUGACUGUGUCCUAGCCUGUUGGGAGAUGUGGCCUUCAGCCUUCUGACUGUAAUUCACUGGGUCAGAUAGUUCAGUUGUGCUGAGACUAACACAAUUCAGUUAAAAGAUCUAAUUUCUUUACUACAGUUCCUUAACUGUCACUUUUACCAGCCACAGAAACCAUUUUGGCCUGUGACAGUAGGAAAAGCACAGGUGUAAAUAAUCAAGUGUAUGAUCAGUGGAAUUCAUUUAGCUGCUUCUGUUUCAGGAUCCUGGUAUUGUGCAGGCUGGCUCACUGUCACAGCUUAUUGGGACACCUGAAUUUUAUUUGUAACACCUGUGCUUUUCCUGCUAUGACAAGCCAAAAUGUCUGCUGUGAAAAAGACCUUUUGUGUUACACCAUCGGGUUGUCUUUCUGCUUCUCCUAGUCAAGAUUGAUCUUAGCAAGCAAACCUUAACUGCUGUUGAUUUUUGGUGCCAUCUCCUGUUAAGUGCAAAAUAGUAAUGCUAAACGUACAGUGAUAAAAGCCAACAAAACACUGGGUUUAUUAUUUAUUAUUUAACAUAGUGCAUUCAGUAUGCCUCUGACACUGGGAUCACCAGGAAUAAGUUGCGUUCUACAGUGUAAUGUAUUUUUUUUUAUAAAUACCAUGAUUGUCAUGAUGAUUGUCAUAGUAGAGCAGAAGUGCCUGAUUAGUUUAACACAGGAAAAUACUGCAUGCCCAGGACUGGGCAGAAGUGAACUAUCGCCAUUUGCUGCAAUCACUAGAAAUCCUAUUUGGUUUCUUUAAAUGCACAGAAUUAACCUUUUUGGAGAAAAUGCUAAUAUGUAACUAUUAAAGUUUUAUACUCAAUU